AUUUGUUAAACAAAGAAGAAAUAAAAGAAAAAAUAUCCUUGAUAACAAUCAAAGAUAUAGACGAUGAUUUUGUUGAUAAUUUAUUCAGGAAAAAUCACAAACGUAAAAGAAAUGAUGAUGAAUCACGAGAAAAAAAACAACGCAGAAAAACUCUUAAAAAUACUAAAGGUGUUAUAAUUAAAAAAACACGACCAUACUAUAUGAAAGGAGCAUACGAACAUAUAGAUGCAAAUAUAUGUAUAUCAGAAAUUAUGAAAAUAUAUAGACAAGUUGUUGAUGCAACAGAUGAAGAAUUCGAUCAACUAUAUAGUUUAUUGAUGAGUAACUUUUUGAAAUAUCCGGAUCCAUCAUGGUUUACUAAAUAUAGUUCAAAAAUUGAACACAAUAAUGAUUUUUUUAUAAAUAGUCCUACAAUCACAAAUCAACAUUAUCUAGAUAUCGUUUACAAAAUAUUAAUCAGACGAGAAGAAGAUCCAAAAUUAGAGGAAAAAAUCGGAAAUAUUUUUGAUACUAUCGAAAUCUAA